GUUUAUUUCGAAUUUUUCGAACACCGGCUUUACCUGUCAAAGUAUGCAUGUAAACAAAAAUAGUUCGGUAUCUUCUCCCUAAUUUCUGUGAUUGCUUCUAGGCGAAAUGAACGAAUUCAACCACAAAACCGUGUUCGUGUUGGACCAUACGCCGUACUUUGGAAUCUCGUGCGAAUCGCCCAUCGAUUGCGAUUUCAUCAAGAGCAAAAUUCCGAUACCUCCGAUCAGCAAAAGUCUGUGGACAUGUGCCGUGGAGGCAUCGGUCGAGUACUGCCGGAUCGCGUGGGACUUGUUCCCGGCGGGGAAGCUCAUCCGGUUCGUGGUCAGCGAUACGGCGGCUCACAUAGUGAACACUUGGAACGUAAGCACCCAAAGUUUGACCCACGUCAUGAAUGCCAUGUCGAUGGUGGGCGUUCCCCCGAGGCAAACCCAAGCCAAUGACUAUUCGGUCAUACAUGGGUUGAGGGCGGCCAUUGAGGCGCUGGCCGAACCGACCGAUUUCCAAAAGGAACAACUGGCGGGGAAGGAGCACACGGUUUAUAAUCUGGGACGGGUCAUCUGCAUCACUUCGGCGCGGGACGAUGCCAGCAUGAAGAGCCUGGAGGACAUUUUCCGGACGGUGCUGGUGCAGCAAAAUACGAUUUCAGCGAACCACAAAGAAUACCUAAACAUUGACCGGUGCCACCUGGUCAUCAUCAAUCUCUACCCGGCGAACAUGGAAUCGAUGGUCAACAAUCGGGGCUUGAUCGACAUUUCUCCGAUUCUGAAGUCGGAAAUUCAUUCCAACAAAGCGAACAGGAUCUCCAACAAGCUGACCCAUCUGAUAUUGCCACAUUUUGAUCUGGCAAGUACGACGGUGACGGGCAUUCCGAUGAAGGAGGAGCAGAAUGCGAGCUCGAGCGCGAACUACGACGUAGAGAUAUUCCACGGAAGCAAAGCCCAUUCGGUGUUUUUGGGCACGGAACUAGUACUGCCACACAGUAUAAAAGAUGGUUCGGAUUACGAAACGGUGACGCUGAAGUGGUGCACUCCGAGAAGUUGUGGCUCGUCGGAAAUGCAACCCUGCCUGGCGCAGUGCCGUGUUACUCCUGUGGACGUGACAUCUCGACCGAGUUCUUGCUUGAUCAAUUUUCUCCUCAACGGACGCUCCGUACUGUUGGAGAUGCCGAAAAAGUCCGGCGGCAAGAUCACCAGUCAUCUCCUGUCGGCUCACGGCGGUGAAAUCUUCAUACAUUCUCUGAACACCGCCAGAAGUUGCCUGGAGGAACCCCCUUCAAUCUCAGAAGGUGGGGGAGGCCGAGUCACUGAUUACAGGAUAAACGACUUUGGUCAGCUGAUGCAAAUGCACCGCAUCGUACCGCUGAAGCCCAUUCCCGAACGAACGAUGGAUGAGAAUCUGCUGAAGAUGCGAACGAAAUUGGCGAAAAAUUCUCGCUACUGGCCUCUGACUCUCGGAACAACAGUUCUCUACAACGUUCGACAGUUUGUAGAACCGAUUCUGGUACUGACGCACAAACCGGAACUCGCUGAAGAAGACGUCCUCCAGUGUCAGAAAACAAUCUUCCAACUAGCCACUCUGGAAGGUCGCCAGGAAUCGCUCGCCCUACCCAAUAUGGGCCACCGCUUGAAGGGCAACAAACGCGAAGAGCAGUACCGGUUACUUUGGGCCGAACUCGAACUGAACGUCAGUUCCAGUGGUACAUCGCCUGGUCACAAGGCGGUUUUGAAAUGCAUCCGUGACUGCCGCAGUCGGGCACCGAUCGAAAUACCCGACAAGGACGAUGCGGCAGCCGAAGCUCACCGGGCCUCAGUAAUCCGUGCCACAACCGAUUCUCCCAUGUCUCCGCCGCACACGAUGGCAGUGGUGGACAGUUCUGUAGCGGCGCUGCUCGCAGGUUCCAGCAGAGGCAGCAAGAAACUUCUCGGCAGCGGGACCAAGUCACUGUUCGACAUUCUGGCCACGGCGGAACGAACGCAAAGUCAGAAGCGUAUAGACUUCAGCGGAAGACUUUGCACACCGCAGGGACAGGUGGCCAAGCUGUAUCCCAAUCUGGGCAUGAAGGAGGAUUCGACACCGCAGGGCAGACAACCAGAUGUGAAAUGAGGGGAGGCGACUGGCGCGUUAUGUUUAAUUUUUCUUAUCUUUUUAUGUGAUGUAGUUAUGCAUAGAUAAGAUAUUCUAACAUUUGAUCCGACUGCUUGUUAUUUGUAGAGAAAGCCUAAUUAUUAAAGUCCCAUCAUUUUUUGACUCCUAA